GAUGGAUUAUAAAAAAGGGUUUCCUUCUGCAGAGACAGUACACAAUCUCCGUGUGCUUCUCUCUGGAUUUUAUGCAAAACUGUGAAAAUUCUAAAGUUUGAAAGUCAAAUGUGUAUGAUUGUUUACGUGAGCUGGAGGAUGGACACACACACACACACACACACACACACACACACACACGACCUACGCAUUCAGUCUGGAGGAUCGGGGUGUGUUGCGGCUGCGCUGGCAGCUCUGCAGAUAUCUCAGAGUCCUGAGUUUAACGAUUCCGGCCCGUUAGAAGCACCUGGUUCUGCUGUUUAAUCAUGCUGCCCAUCAUACUUAUUAUGUCGAUUUUAUGUCAAGGUCACGCUGUUGACUACGGUACGGACUUUGUCACGGCGUUUCCAGAGAACCUUGCUUACUACUUUCCAGUAGAACUCUCCCUCAAACUGAAAAUCACCACCUUUCUCCCUACCACUGAUGUUACAAUCAUCAUGAAUGGUGUAAUUAUCAACCGAAUGAUCCCCGACAUCCCGCAGGUGUUUGAUGUGAAUAUUCCUGGCGCAGAGGUGAAUCAAUUAGGUGUCUCCAAUAAUUCGAUCAGAAUCAUCAGCGACAAGAAAAUCACUGUGCUUUCCAUCAACAAGCGAGGAGACAGCAUACAGACCAAUGUUGUUCCACCUACAACACGUCUGGGAGUGGAAUAUCUGGUCCCUUCCCCUAAUUACACCAAGCUCGCUGUCCAGCUGAACACCUAUAAUCCCUCCAACUUCAUCGACUCGACCACUGUGCCGAUGGAUUUCAGUUACAGACUCAUCAUUAUUAAUGCAGAAGCGGUUGAGAACAGUGUCACAGUGACCCAAAAAUUACCUGAUGGGGAUGAAGUUACUACGAUGAAACUAGACCCUUUUGCGCUGACCCAGCUGCCAAGCAGCAGUUUCUGGUUUAAAGUCUCAUCUACUGCAAAAGUGGCCGUGAUCCUUACCAAUCCGUGUAUGGACACCCAAAAUUGCAGGUGUAACAUGGUUGCACACCAACUCCGACCCACUGACUUUCUGGGAACUGAAUUCAUCUUCCCUCCCAUCAACACCACUGUCAAACACCUUUUUGUAACCUCAGCCAAACGCGUUGACCUCAGCUCUGGCUCUGAGACCAAGACUGUUGAGCCUGGUUCCAUAGGAAUGCUUCCUUUUCUCCCUGGUCUAGACACCGGAAACCCAAGCCUCACAACGUCGCAGCCAGCGUCGCUCAGAGUAAUCCAACCUGGCCUCAUAAUCGAUCUGCUCCCGAAAACAAUGUUUUCUGGCUGCUACUUGGUACACAGAACGACGCAGACCCAAUCUCUGGCUUUAGUCAUAGUUGCAACUGGGCAAAAAAAUGAUGUCCGCAUGGGCCCUGAUCCUCUCAGUGGUGUAACCUGGAACGAUAUCAGUAAUGCAGAAUACUCAUGGGCUUUAAUAGACCUGGAUAGAUGUAAGUCAUGCGUCAUUUGGCAUCCUACCUCGCAAAUUGCAGUGUAUGUCUUUGAGACUUCGUUGACGGGGGUGAGAUACGGAGGUCCGGCAAUUUCUGUAAACGACAUUCCAGACCCCAAUGGUUGUGUUGUGGUUCCCAUAGAAUUUGAACUUGUUAACAUCACGUUGAGCUGGCAGGCGUCUCGGGCUCAAUGCAUCAGUAAAGGCAUGGUGCUGGCGAGUCCCAACAUCAACUAUACACAAAACAAAAUGGUAGCUGCACUUAACAACAUGAAUGCGGAAGGUGUUGCGUGGCUUGGCCUGCGACGCAGCCUUGUCAGUUCUGAGUGGUACUGGCAUAGCAAGGUCGAUUUCAACUUUGCCAACUGGGACAACAACCAACCAGCGAGCGGCCUGUGUGUAUCCAUGAGGAUGGAACCGGAUGGGAAUUUCACGUGGAGCAGCGUGCGCUGCUGCUCGCCCAUGCUGCCCCUGUGUGCCCGAGAAAUGGUAAUCAUGGGCACCAUCAACGAUUUGAGUACUUACUUGCUUUAGCCAAGCACCACCACCAGUUCAGGCCCAACCACCAGCCCGUCAACCAUCUAAUCAUCGACGACAGCUAAAUUAUCCUCACUUCAUUUCAUGCUUACGUAGUCAUCGUAGUCAUUGUUAAAAUGCAACCUACCUGUUUAGUAGUAGAAAAAUAUAAUUGGCUCAAACUGUUAAUCAAAUAACCGACAGCAUCUGCUUUCAUUUGCUUCAAACUUUGGGCUAUAAACCAUUUAACCUGAGCAACAUGUAUGCUAACGAUGAUGACACAACAGUCCAUUAGCUGGAUGGUACUAGUCUUAUUAGCGUAGUGCAUUGCUAGUGAGUUAUUUUAACUCGCUAUAAGAGUGCUACUCUAAUAGAAAUUUAAAGAUUGCUGCUUGGUCACUUAAUAGCUUUCGUAGCAGCUGAUGCUAAUACACAGCAUUAGCCAUUUCCGACAUAGUCAGCGGGGCAGUGGACAUUUCUGUUUGGACGAAGUGGAUGAAAUCAGAUGGCAUUGCAUUCGACUAUCUGCUGUAAUAUCUCUUUCAGUAAUAGCUACAUUUCUCAAUGCCUAUAGCUGCAUGCAAAUAAAUAUUGCAAUCAUAUUAUUUAUUCAACUAACUGAAUUCCCAUUACACUUAUUCUAAAUAUAUUAUACGUGAAUGGAAACUUAGCUUUACCUGUAUCCUGUAAAUAUACAUCCUAUACAUAUGUUAUUAUAUGCACAUGUAGGUGUAAUGCAGUUCUGUAGCAUAUUAGAUACAGUGUACUUAUAUUUUAACACUUCAGAUAUAAUCCAUUUGGCUUAUUACUGUAGCUGUAGCUUAUAGUAAAAAUGUCUUUAUCUGUCCUCACUGUCUCUUAAAGAAUAUGUAUGCUGUAAUAAAG